CCCUUCCCGGUGCCGCCGGUGCCCCCCGCCUGACCGCCGCCCCCCGAGAGGCGCCGCGACCCCGGCCCGGCCGUGCGGCCCGCCGGGGCCAUGGCGAAGAAGAGCGCCGAGAAUGGCAUCUAUAGCGUGUCCAGCGACCAGAAGAAGGGCCCCCUCACCGCGCCCGGCCCGACGGGGCCCAAGGGCGACGGCCCCGCGGGCCUGGGGACAGCCGGCGGCCGCCUGGCCGUGCCGCCGCGCGAGAGAGACCUGGACGCGCCAGAUGGACUUCAUCAUGUCGUGCGUGGGCUUCUCCGUGGGCUUGGGCAACGUGUGGCUCUUCCCCUACCUGUGCUACAAGAACGGCGGAGGUGUGUUCCUUAUUCCCUGCGUCCUGAUCUCCCUGGUCGGAGGGAUCCCCAUUUUCUUCUUGGAGCUGGGCCAGUUCAUGAAGGCAGGCAGCAUCAAUGUCUGGAACAUCUGUCCCCUGUUCAAAGGACGCUGGGGCACAGACAGGUGGAGCGACGUACUAAGGUUGCCCACUGUGGGGGCAACUGUCUCCAACACUACCUCAGGCUACUGGAAACUCCCCCGCUUCCCACCACCACCACCACCAGCUGCUGAGGACUGGAGCUACUGGGUGGCCAGGUGGAGGCUUGGACCUCCUGGAACUGCCAUGGUGGCAGUGGGACCCACAGAAGGGGCCAGCUACUACAUCAUGGUCCUGGCCUGGGGCUUCUAUUACCUGGUCAAGUCCUUUACCACCACGCUGCCCUGGGCCACAUGUGGCCACACCUGGAACACUCCCGACUGCGUGGAGAUCUUCCGCCAUGAAGACUGUGCCAAUGCCAGCCUGGCCAACCUCACCUGUGACCAGCUUGCUGACCACCGGUCCCCUGUCAUCAAGUUCUGGGAGAACAAAGUCUUGAGGCUGUCUGGGGGACUGGAGGUGCCAGGGGCCCUCAACUGGGAGGUGACCCUUUGUCUGCUGGCCUGCUGGGUGCUGGUCUACUUCUGUGUCUGGAAGGGGGUCAAAUCCACGGGAAAGAUCGUGUACUUCACUGCUACAUUCCCCUACGUGGUCCUGGUCGUGCUGCUGGUGCGUGGAGUGCUGCUGCCUGGCACCCUGGAUGGCAUCAUUUACUAUCUCAAGCCUGACUGGUCAAAGCUGGGGUCCCCUCAGGUAUGGAUAGAUGCGGGGAGCCAGAUUUUCUUUUCUGACGCCAUUGGCCUGGGGGCCCUCACAGCCCUGGGCAGCUACAACCACUUCAACAACAACUGCUACAAUGGGACCAGCUUCUUUGCUGGCUUCGUGGUCUUCUCCAUCCUGGGCUUCAUGGCUGCAGAGCAGGGCAUGCACAUCUCCAAGGUGGCAGAGUCAGGGCCGGGCCUGGCCUUCAUCGCCUACCCGCGGGCUGUCACACUGAUGCCAGUGGCCCCACUCUGGGCUGCCCUGUUCUUCUUCAUGCUGUUGCUGCUUGGUCUUGACAGCCAGGGCGGGAUGUACGUCUUCCUGCUGUUUGACUACUACUCGUCCAGCGGCACCACCCUGCUCUGGCAGGCCUUUUGGGAGUGCGUGGUGAUGGCCCGGGUGUACGGAGCUGACCGCUUCACGGACGACAUUGCCUGUAUGAUCGGGUACCGACCUUGCCCCUGGAUGAAAUGGUGCUGGUCCUUCUUCACCCCACUGGUCUGCAUGGGCAUCUUCAUCUUCAACGUUGUGUACUAUGAGCCGCUGGUCUACAACAACACCUACGUGUACCCGUGGUGGGGUGAAGCCAUAGGCUGGGCCUUCGCACUGUCCUCCAUGCUGUGUGUGCUGCUGCACCUCCCGUGCUGCCUCCUCAGGGCCAAGGGCACCAUGGCUGAGUCCUAGCCCAGCUGGUCCUAGGCCCCGCCUAGUGCCCCACCCCCACCCGCAGUGCUGCUCUUCUCCUGCCCCUGCCACGCCCACCCCCUGCCCACCUCUCCAGGCUCUGCUCUGCAGCACACCCUUGGGUGACCCCUCACCCCAGAAGCAGCAGUGGCAGCUUGGAAAAUGUGAGGAAGGGAAGGAGGAAGAGAUGGGAGGGAGGAGAGAGAGGAGAAGGGAGGCAAGGGAGGGGCAGCAGAAACAAGACAAAUAUUUCAGCUGGGCUAUACCCCUCUCCCCAUCCCUGUUAUAGAAGCUUAGAGAGCCAGCCAGCAGUGGAACCUUCUGGUUCCUGCACCAAUCACCACCAAUAUCAAUUGUGUGAGCUUGGGUGCGAGUACACACGUGCGUGAGUACGUAGAGUAUAUAUAGAUUUCUAUCUCUUAGCAAAGGUGAAUACCAGAUGUAAAUGGUGCCUCUGGGCAAAGGAGGCUUGUAUUUUGCACAUUUUAUAAAAACUUGAGAGAAUGAGAUUUCUGCUUGUAUAUUUCUAAAAAAAGGAAGGAGCCCAAACCAUCCUCUCCUUACCACUCCCAUCCCUGUGAGCCCUACCUUACCCCUCUGCCCCUAGCCUAGGAGUGUGAAUUUAUAGAUCUAACUUUCAGAGGCAAAACAAAAGCUUCGAGCUGUUGCGUGUGCGAGUCUGUUGUGUGGAUGUGUGUGUGUGGUCCCCAGCCCCAGAAUGGAUUGGAAAAGUGCAUGGUGGGGGCCUUGGGGCUGUCCC